AUGUCUCCAAGCAAAGUCUCCACCAUCAAGUUCGACGAGUUCUUCAACGUCAUCGAUGGCAAGAACCGUAGCGGGAAGGACAAGCACCAGGGUAUCAACCCCGUCUCCGGCGAGAAGCUCUGGGACCUCCCCGUUGCGACCCAGCAAGAUGUCGACGAUGCCGUCGUUGCGGCCGAGAAGGCCUUCCAGAAGUGGAGGUACUCUGAGAUGUCGGAGCGCAAAAAGCUGUUGAAGAAGAUGAAGGACCACUACAUGAGCUAUGCCGACGAGAUCACCGAGCUGUUGAUCAAGGAGACUGGCAAGCCGCGCCAGUUCGCCGCAUUCGAAGCCAAGGGUGUCGCCGGGUGGUUCGACCACCACGACACUCUCGACUUGCCAGAGGAGAAGGUUGAGGACGAUGAGAAGGUCAUUACCACCCGCUACACCCCGCUCGGUGUGGUCGGUGCCAUCAUCCCAUGGAACUUCCCCAUUGUCCUCUCGCUCGGCAAGAUCAUCCCGGCCAUCCUGACCGGCAACACCAUCAUCUGCAAGCCGUCCCCCUUCACCCCUUACACUUGCCUCAAGAUCGUCGAGCUCCUCCAAGAAGUCACCGAGCCCGGCAUGAUCCAAGUCGUCGGCGGCUCCGACGCCCUCGGCCCCAUGCUCACCGCCCACCCCGGCAUCUCCAAGAUCUCCUUCACCGGCUCCAUCGCGACCGGCAAGAAGAUCAUGGCCGCCUGCGCCCCGACCCUCAAGCGCGUCACGCUCGAGCUCGGCGGCAACGACGCCUCCAUCGUCCUGCCCGACGUGGACGUCAAGAAGGUCGCCCCCGAGCUCGUCAUGGGCGCCUUCCAGAACUCCGGCCAGGUAUGUGUCGCGACCAAGCGCAUCUACAUCCACGAGGACAUCUACAAGGAGAUGCUCGACGCCAUGGUCGAGUUCACCAAGAGCGUGAAGGUCGGCGACCCGGAGUCCGGAUCCCUGCUCGGUCCCAUCCAGAACCAGAUGCAGUUCGAGAAGGUCAAGGAAAUGUUCGCCGAUACCAAGAACAAGGGGUACAAGUUCGCUGUUGGGUCUCCUGAUGUUGCGUCUGGCAAGGGCUACUUCAUCCAGCCGACUAUUAUUGACAACCCGCCGAACGACAGCCGGAUCAUUCAGGAGGAGCCGUUUGGACCCAUCGUGCCGACGCAGCCGUGGAGUGAUGAGGAGGAGGUGAUUAAGAGGGCAAACAACUCGCUCUCUGGCCUGGGUGCCUGUGUCUGGGGUAACGAUCUCGAGAGGGCCGAGAAGAUUGCGAAGCGAUUGGAGGCCGGGUCGGUGUUCGUCAACUCGUGGGAGAAGCCAACUCCGCAGGCGCUGUUCGGUGGGCACAAGGAGAGUGGUAUUGGUGGAGAAUGGGGCAAGGAGGGUCUCAAGGCCUUCACUAACCCGCACGUCAUCCACUCUUACAAGAUGAAGUAA